UGAAGGCUCCUUGUCAAUUUUCGCCGCCGAUGACGGACCCCGCCGUGGUGGGAGAGGAGCAGAGUGAGUAAAUAAGGCGCUCCGCAGAGAAGAAGCGGGCCAUGGUAGUAUGGGUUUCUGGCAACCUUUAAACCCAUUGUGUUAAGAACUAGCGGGAAAAUUAAUUAAUCAAAAACCCUACAAACCACCACGCUAUAAACCUCAACAAGGGUUUUAGUUUUGUCCCCAAUUUAUCAAAAACCCUACAAACCACCACUCUUCCACUACCACCACCAUGCCUCGUUUCUCCUUACCGCGUCUCCUCUCCUCCACCACCACUUUCCACCUCCGUUACUUUUCCUCAGUGGAGAAGCUACGCAACAUUUGGAUCUCAGGACUCAUCGACCCUGCCAAGGUAACCGUUUCAGAGAGGUACAUGCUGUAUACGGGUCAGAUGAAAAAAAUGGAUGAGGUUAAGAUUAAAACUAAGAGAAGAGAUAUGUUUCUCGAGGCUAUGAUGGAAGAAGAGCGAGGCCGUGGAGACUACUGUUAUGAUUUGAAUUUGAAUUUGCGGAAGAGAGAAAAGUUAUAUCCAGAUAAGACAUAUCAUGUCUCCGCAGAUAUCACUUUCUUCAACUGGAAACACCAUAAGAUGAGCGUAAUUAACACAACUGAUUGUGUUAAUUUCACCGACGAGGUUGAGACUGCUUUGUGUGCCUUUGACAGUUCCAUUCUUGUUCUUUCUAGUGUCGAUGGGGUGCAAAGUCAGUCCAUUAUUGUUGAUAAGCAAAUGAUAAGAUAUGAACUUCCAAGACUUGUAUUUAUCAACAAUGUUGAUCAGAAGGGAGCAAAUCCGUGGGAAGUUUUAAAUCAGGCAAGAUCCAAGCUUCAACAUCAUAGUGCUGCAAUCCAAGUUCCAAUAGGCUUGGAAGAUGAUUUUAAAGGACUUGUUGAUCUCGUGCAAUUAAAGGCAUACUCUUUUCAUGGUUCAAAUGGAGAAAAUGUUGUUGUUGAAGAAGUUCCUGCAGACAUGGAUACCUUAGUGUCAGAAAAAAGGCGUGAACUCAUAAAAACUGUGUCAGAGGUGGACGAUAAACUUGCUGAAGCUUUUUGCAGUGACAUGCCUAUAUCAGCAGUUGACCUUGAGGAAGCAAUUCGUCGGGCCACCAUAGCACGGAAAUUUAUACCAGUAUUCAUGGGCAGUGCUUUCAAAUAUAAGGGCCUACAACUACUUUUGGAUGGUGUACUUAAUUAUUUGCCGUGUCCAAUUGAAGCUAGUAAUUAUGCUCUCAACCAAUCUAAGAAUAUGGAAAAGGAUGAACUUGUGGCAUUGGCUUUCACAUUGAACAGAAAGUUUGGUCCAAUAACAUAUCUAAGAAUCUAUGAGGGUGUCAUUCAGAAGGGAGAUUCUAUUACAAAUGUUAACACUGGCAAGACGUUCAAAGUUCCAAGUUCGAUUGAGAUACGGAAAGAUGAGAUCGGGGUUCCUUAUUCAAUUGAGCCACGAAAGGAUGAGAUACGGGAUCCUCCUUAUGUGAUUGAAGUGCAAAUGGAUGAGACGGGGGUUCCUUAUGUGAUUGGGGUGCGUAAUGUGGUGAAGGUUCCUCAUUCAGAUGAGGAUCGAAAAGAUGACUUUGGGGUUCGUCAUUCGAUUGGGGUGCGUAAUGAUGAGGCGAUUCACGAGGCUCAUGCUGGAGAAAUAGUUGCUUUACAUGAUGUCAAUGCUGCAUCAGGCGAUACUUUUACCGAUGGGUUAGUAAGAUAUACAAAGGCUUCUAUUGAUGUUUCUGAGUUGGUUUCAAGAGAUUCUGAAGUGCAAGCUUCGAAAGUUUUGAAGGACUUCCCUUGCCAAGCAUAAGGCGUCCUUUAUGCCUCCAAAAGGGACACAUUUUUUCAAGACCUAUAGGCCUCUAAGCAAUUUACUUUUUGUUCCAUCUCUUCUAAGCUCUGUUUGUCGAAUGUUCUAAACCCACUGUUCCACAUAUUUAUCUCUGUUAAUAUCAUACUCUUAUGAAUUGAUGUAUUUGGUUAAAAAUUUGGACUAAAUACAUCAAAAAAAAUUUAUCAAUUUUCCCUUAAUAUUUUAGGACGGAGGGAGUACAUGCUAAAAGGUUUUAUGGUCAGUUUAUUUUUGGAAAAUUGAGAAGAAAGCAAAGUCUGAUAGUAUGGACCUUAACUAACAAUUUGCAGGUUGUCUAAUAUGCACAAACACCUUAUGUGGUGCAUUGUGUACAAGCUUUAUUAUAUCUGACAUUUAGCGUUGAAGUCCU